AUGGAUGAUCCGUUUUUUAAGUCAGCGUUACCUGCGCAAGACUCCUCUGUGGUGGAUGACACCAGCCUGGCUUUGCCGGCCGAUCUGCGAUCCUCAACGCAGCCCGAUGAGGACCGGAACCAGCGGGUUCACCGGCAGGUUAAGCUCACAAUGUCCAGGAAGUCUAAGACUCAGUCAAAUGGUAAUGUUCAUUUUGAAAAUGUAUCAGCAUCAUACUUUGACGCAUUUGGGAGAACCCGGGUGCACUGUGGUGUCUAUUCACAGAAAUAUGAAACGGGGAGCUUUGAUGAUGCAGAUGGACUUUUAAGAAACAUGAAGGUAAAUAGAUCGACCUUCUCCAGUCACUCCUUCUCUGGCGACCAUGAGCACAAACCAUUCAGGAGGCUGGAAGUGUCCGCUCAGUCAAGUCCAGAGCAACCUUAUAGGCACUUUAAAUACAGUACUUACCAUUCUGGGAUGCACACCCCUCCAGGACCAAGCCAUUCACCCAAAAAAAAUAGAGAAUAUGGUUCCCCUCGGACUUACAGACAAAGUACUGUGAAACCAACUGUGCAGAGACGAAAUGGUGAUAUCAUGUUUGGUUCUAUCCGGCCUGAGGAUGGCUCGUUCUUGAUAGAGCAGUUGAGGGAAAGGGGCCACCAGAAAUCCCUCAGAGUGAACACAUACUCGCCCUCUGUCAGCAGUGUGGAGACGGAUGCUGGCAGGCGGGCAGCAGUGCAGUUACCCAUUAAGCAGACGCAGGCGCAGAAUGUCAUAAAACUGAGGUCAGUAAGCAAGACUCCAGUGAUGACAAUGGAGAAGGCUGUGCAGCUUUUGACCCAGAAUGAAGAGGAAACACUGAUCUUUGCAACCAGUUUCAUACAAAAUCAAUGCUUCAAGAGUGCCAUUGCUAGAGGCAAGAUUUGCCAUGUGAAUGGGAUUGAGAAGCUCAUGCUUCUAUUUAACAAUGACAGCGAAGAAGUGCAGCGUGCCGCUGCUGGGGCGCUGCGUAAUGUUGUUUAUGAGAAUGAUGAAAAUAAGCUUAAAGUUAAGGAAAACGAGGGCUUGUCUUUCAUUCCUACUGUACUGAGUGGCAGCCGUGAUAAGGAGACCAGACGGCAGCUUACAGGUCUUUUGUGGAACCUCUCCUCUCAUGACACGUUGAAGGAGGCUUUUCCAGAAAAUGCCUUAUCCACUCUCAGUCGCUCCGUUCUCGUUCCCAGUUCUGGCAUUUUUGAAGGCGAGAAUCCGAAAGAUGAACUGCUAGUGGAUGAUGAAACUUUCAUCAAUGCCACCGGCUGCCUGCGAAAUCUGAGUUCUGCAGGCCAAAAUGUCAGGAAAGCAAUGAGGAAUUGUGACAAUCUCAUCGAUUCUUUGAUCUACUACAUCCGGGGAACCGUAGCUAACCGUAAGAUGGAUGACAAGCCCACGGAGAACUGCGUCUGUAUCCUGCACAACCUGUCUUAUCAGAUUGAGUCAGAGCUUCCGAAGAAAAAUGACCAGGUUCUGAGAGAGUCUCGCCAAGACUUGGAUUCGCAGCCAAAGACUCCGGGCUGUUUUUCUUAUCGCAGUGCCAAGAUCACAGAGUAUGCAGUGCAUCAGCACCCCCUGCUGGAGCCCAACCCCAACCCCCAUGGCACAGAGUGGCUGUGGGACAUAAUCACAGUCAGGAUGUACAUAUCACUGAUGGUCUGCAGUAAAUGUGACGCCAUCAAGGAGGCUGCCCUUGGGGCUCUGCAGAACAUCACAGCCGGAAAAUACGAGAUAAAUGGAAGCAUUGCCGUUACCAUUGUUCAGCGGGAAAAUGGUCUUGAGAAGAUUAAGGAAAUUUUAAAGGGUGAAAGUAGUAAUCUAAAGAUAACUGCUGUAUCUCUAAUCAAAAACCUCUCACGCUACGAUGAACUUCGCCCUGCCAUUGCAAACCAGGUGUUGCCAGAGAUGGUGAAAAUGCUGCCCUUUGACGGCACCGACGUCAACCAGCCCAGUGAGGUGACGAUUUCUCUAUGUGAAAUCCUGAUUUACCUGUGCCAGAGUGAUGCGAAGAACGCCAACGCAAUAAUCGAAAACCGCGGCAUCCCAAAGAUCAUCAACAUCAGCAAGACAGAGACAGGACCCAGUCGUAUGGAAAAGGCAGCGUGCCUUCUGCUGCACGUAAUAUGGCAACACAAUGAAGUCCACGAGACCCUCAAGAAAUGGAAGUUCAAGAAAUACGAUUUCGUCAAUUCAAGGAUAAAAAGAGCUUUGAGCUCCUGA